CAUUUCAGAGUGACGUAGGAAGUGAACUGCUAUUUAAACUGUGAUCUUAUUUUGAUAUUGUCACUUUGAUUGAAUAGUGGUGUUUUCUUUUUUUUCGUUGUUUUGGCUACCGACUCUUUCAAUACUUUGAAUGUUCAGCACAGCUUCUCGAUUAUGGCUGGAUUUUUCACAUGGCUGUGGCGGUGCAGGAAUUAUAUUAUAAUAGUUCUGACACCUCUUCUACUGCUGCCUCUACCUCUCGCCAUCCCCACCUCGGAGGCAAAAUGUGGCUUUGUGAUCAUCCUGAUGGCACUGUACUGGUGUACAGAGUGCAUCCCUCUGGCUGUGACGGCCUUGCUCCCUGUUAUACUUUUCCCCAUGAUGAAGAUCAUGCAGUCAGAUGAGGUGUGUAUCCAGUACCUGAAAGACUCCAACAUGCUCUUCAUCGGUGGGUUGCUGGUGGCCAUCGCUGUGGAACAUUGGAACCUGCACAAGAGAAUUGCCCUCCAGGUCCUGCUGUUUGUCGGUGUAAAACCUUCACUCCUGAUGAUUGGCUUCAUGGGCACCACUGCCUUCCUGUCCAUGUGGAUUAGUAACACAGCAUCCACGGCCAUGAUGCUGCCCAUUGCUAAUGCCGUGCUACAGCAGCUCAAUGACUCGGAGGCCAAUGCAGAAGAACGAGCAAAUGAACUCCAGGCUGGCAGGGAUGGCCUGGAAAACCAGGGCUUUGAGAUGACGGACACCAACGAAUGCAAGGAGGUCGAACAAAAUCACAAUAGCGUGAACAUGGAUCGACAGAAUAUGGACGUGACAGACACUGAGGUUUCAAAGCCUCGCGCUUGGAGUCCAGAGAAGGCGGAGCAACGGAGAAACAAGCGUGAGCAGAAGUACAUGGAACUGACCAAAGGCAUGAGCCUGUGUGUGUGUUAUGCUGCCAGCAUUGGAGGGACAGCAACCCUCACGGGAACCACACCCAAUGUCAUCUUGAAGGGCCAGAUUGAUAAACUAUUUCCAGAUAAUGGCGGUGUGAUCAAUUUUGCAAGCUGGUUUGGAUUCGCAUUCCCCAACAUGAUUCUCAUGCUGGUUUUGGCUUGGCUGUGGCUGCAGUUUAUGUUUCUGGGCUUGAACCUGAAACAGUCAUUUGGAUGUGGUAAAAAGAGUGCAGGUGACAAGGAGGCCUACCAGGUAAUCAAAGAUGAGUACAAAAAGUUGGGCAAGAUGAGCUUCGCUGAGGCCAGUGUGCUGAUUAUCUUCAUCCUGCUGGUUCUUCUGUGGUUUACCAGGGAGCCUGGCUUCAUACCAGGCUGGGCCACUGUUCUCUUCAACCAAAACAAACAAUACGUCACAGAUGGCACUGUGGCCAUUUUACUGUCGGCGCUGUUCUUCUGCAUUCCCUCCAAAUUUCCCAGAUGUGGCAGGUCGUCUGAGAACGAGGGCCCUUCUGAAGCCGCUCCUCCUCUGCUUACUUGGGAUACUGUCCAUGAAAAGAUGCCUUGGAGCAUCAUUUUGCUCCUGGGCGGAGGCUUUGCCUUAGCCCACGGCAGUGAGGUGUCUGGGCUGUCCAAGUGGUUAGGGGAAAGUCUCAUACCCCUGCAGAGCAUCCCUCCUUUUGCUAUCUCCAUCCUGCUGUGUCUGCUGGUGGCCAUGUUCACGGAAUGUUCCAGCAACACUGCUACCACCACUCUGUUUCUACCAAUACUCGGCGCAAUGGCCACCGCCAUCGAGAUCCACCCACUAUACGUCAUGUUUCCCUGCACCAUCGCCGCUUCCUUGGCUUUCAUGCUGCCUGUGGCCACGCCCCCCAACGCCAUUGCCUUCUCUUACGGAAACCUGAAAGUCAUAGACAUGGCCAAGGCUGGAUUCAUCCUGAACUUCCUUGGAGUCAUCACCAUCAACAUUGGCAUUAACACGUGGGGGGUAGCCAUGUUCAAUCUGAACAAGUUCCCCAGUUGGGCAAAUGUUACUAAAAACCCUUGAAUUGAAUCUCAGGGAAAACUGCAGCAGCAAACUUUGCUCAACAUUUAGGCCUAAUCCGGCCAAAUUGACUUGCAGUCGUGAACACUGUGACUUUUUUUUUUUUUUUUUGUGAUAUUUUCAAAGAAUCGAGCGUAAUACCGUGGAAAAAAUGUGUAGUUUGUCACGUCUAUUAGAACUCGAUGCUCCUACAGUGAAUUGAAUUUCAGUAUUUUAUGUUCAAGCCCACACAACUUUCCCGUGAUGUAUCAGCGGGCCAUUACGAUAAGCCCCCCUACACAGUCUAAUAGGAUCCAAUGCAUGAGCUGUAUCAACAAACCUGCCUUUGCAAAAAAAAUAAAAAAGAUGAGCUUGGACGACACUCUCUAAGAGACAUGCAAUUAACAUUAGCAACUGGAAUGAUUUAGGUUCUACUAGUUGGCCUUAUUAUAUUACAAAGUACAUUACACGAGGGUCAAACAAUUCUAAAUAUGAUGCAUUGUACCAUGACAGUAAACUUUGUGAUUAUUCACGUCUGGUUUAACGGUAUCAAUCAAAAUUGAGCAUUAUUAGAUUUGUAAAGGCGCAAUAUUUGAUACAGCUCAGUGGAUUGUGCAGGAGUACCUAAUCAAAUGUCCGGAGAGCGUACAUUAUUAUUGAUUCUGCUGUUGUUCCAAUGAACACACUUUAAUUGGAAACAACCACAUUUAAUUCAGCAGUAUAUUUAUUAUUAUGCUGGGAAGUAAGUGAAGUGUUAUUGUUUGGCAAACUGAGGUUACAAACGAGCUGAUAUGUUUCAUAUGCAUGGACCCCCGACCUUGACCGUGUGCAAUUAUGCCAACGGAAUGGAAGUUUUGAAAAUGUGGUCGUUACUUUAAAAUUGAUUGUACACUUUUUAUUAUUAUUGUUUUUUUUUUUUCAUAUGAGUUACAUUCAGCUUCCAAGACAAUAAAUUCUGGAUGCGUAUGGGAAAUGCGCACAGGUUGAAUCAA